AUGAAAAGUAUCGAAAAGAUAUCGAAAAGUAUCGAAAAGUACCGAAAAGAUAUCGAAAAGUACCGAAAAGAUAUCCAAAAGUACCGAAAAGAUAUCGAAAAGUACCGAAAAGGUAUCGAAAAGUACCGAAAAUAUAUCGAAAAGUAUCGAAAAGAUAUCGAAAAGUAUCGAAAAGAUAUCGAAAAGUUUCGAAAAGAUAUCGAAAAGUAUCUAUAUAUAAUGAAAAUAUCGAUAUAUAAUGAAAAGUAUCGAAAAGAUAUCGAUAAGUAUCGAAAAGAUAUCGAUAAGUAUCGUAAAGAUAUCGAUAAGUAUCGAAAAGAUAUAGAUAAGUAUCGAAAAGGUAUCGAUAAGUAUCGAAAAGAUAUCGAAAAGUAUCGAAAAGAUAUCGAAAAGUAUCGAAAAGACAUCGAAAAGUAUCGAAAAGAUAUCGAAAAGAUAUCGAAAAGUAUCGAAAAGAUAUCGAAAAGUAUCGAAAAGAUAUCGAAAAGUAUCUAUAUAUAUCGAAAAUACCGAAAAGAUAUCGAAAAGUACCGAAAAGAUAUCGAAAAGUACCGAAAAGAUAUCGAAAAGUACCGAAAAGAUAUCAAAAAGUACCAAAAAGAUAUCGAAAAGUACCGAAAAGAUAUCGAAAAGUACCGAAAAGAUUUCGAAAAGUACCGAAAAGAUAUCGAAAAGUACCGAAAAGAUAUCGAAAAGUACCGAAAAUAUAUCGAAAAGUACCGAAAAGAUAUCGAAAAGUACCGAAAAGAUAUCGAAAAGUACCGAAAAGAUAUCGAAAAGUACCGAAAAGAUAUCGACAAGUACCGAAAAGAUAUCGAAAAGUACCGAAAAGAUAUCGAAAAGUAUCGAAAAGAUAUCGAAAAGUAUCGUUAA